GGCGGCGGCCUCAGAAGGAGGCGGGGAGCUCGGAGCAGGAGGUGAGGAGGUGGAGGAGCAAGAGUAGGCGGCGGCGGCGGCGGCGGCGGCGCAGGAGGCGGUGGUGGAGGUGCGCGGCCUGAAGAGGAGGAUGGAGGAGCAGCAGAAGGAGGGCGAGGCCGAGGUCGCGGAGCACUGGUUUUCCAAGUGGGAACGCCAGUGCCUGGCUGAGGCCGAGCAGGAGGAGCAGCUGCCCCCCGAGCAGCAGGAGGAGGCGGCUGCAGAGUUGGCGGGGCUCAAGAGCGAGAAGCAGAAGCUGUGGCACCUCUUCCAGAUCUCCGCCACCGCCGUUGCACAGCUUUACAAGGAUUCUGGGUGUCAACAGCCAGGACUUUCCAUGUGGGACCCCUUCCAGAAUGCAGCCAUGGCCGUGACCAGCCUCUACAAAGAGAGCGGGGAUGCCCACCAACGAAGUUUUGACUUGGGUGUCCAGGUUGGCCACCAGCGUCGCAUCAAAGAUGUGCUGGAGUGGGUGAAAAAGGGCCGGAGCACCAUUCGUCGCGAGGACUUGAUUAGCUUCCUGUGUGGCAAAGUGCCCCCCGCUCCUCCUCCGCCUCGCACUCCUAGAACACCUCCGAAGGCACCCACUGGGGCCACCAGCCAAGCUGUGGCAACUGAGUCCAGCUCAUCGGUGGACGUCGACCUGCAGCCCUUCCAGGAGGCGAUCGCCCUUCAUGGCCUCAGUGGCGCAAUGGCCGGCAUCAGCAUGAGAUCGGCUGACUCGCCUCAAGACAGCGGUGUCGCCAGCAGUGGGCGCCGAAAAAGUAGCUUCUUGGAGGACGACUUGAAUCCCUUCAACUCAGAGGAACUGGCCCUACACCUGGACAGUGGGGGGAUCCGCAAGCGCACCUCGGCCCAGUGCAGUGAUGGCAUCACAGACUCCCCAAUCCAAAAGCGCAACCGAAUGGUCUAAACUGCCUCAUUGGUUGCCUGGCGCCAUAUUGCUUGAGAGUGAACUGAACCAUCAACACGCUUGUCUAAUUGUUACUGGAGACCAUCUUUCUUCCUUUCUCUAAGUUAAAGAUUUCUAUCAAUUUUGCCAUAAAGAAACUUUAAAAAUAUUCCAGAAGAGGCUUCAUAUGACUCUGACUUUCCAAAAAUGUAAUCCUAGCAAAGAAUAAAUAUGUAGUAGUUUGCAGGAUCAUUUAAAGCAAACCUAUCUGGUCAAGGCAGGAGUCUGAUUUAUCUUGUUCACAGCUAUAUUCCUCAGCACCUAGCACAGUUUCAGGUGCUCAAUAAAUGUUUGUUGAAUGAAUAAAUUUGACCUUAUUUAUUCUUAAAGGGAAAUCAUAGACGUUGUUUACUUGGUUAUAGAAUACUUUUUCUUUGGUUGAUUGUUGGCUUUAAUGGUAUUUGCCAAUUCAUUUGCAUUGUAUCAAAAUGUAAAACUUGACAUCUUUGUGAAAUCCGGAGGCUUCCAUUUUUACCUCACUGUACCAUGCACCUAAUUUCUAGAAAGAAACUGCAAGUAAUACAUAUUAGGCUGUGAUUUUCUAAUUUUGAAAAAUAGUUGAUUUUGGUGAUUAUGUGAUGCUGCAAAGAGGUGCUGUGUUGGUUAUGCAGGUAUUACUUGAUAUUGAGUCAAUUCAGUGCUCUUUUGGAGAAAACUAAACCAUCAAUUGAGAUCUUGAUAAAAUAAGAUGGUGGCUCAGUGGUGCCGUUUUUUCUUAGGAAUAUAAAAAGUUCCUUUUUUUGAGGUUACAUCUUUUUUGUAAUCUCUGUUUUGAAGUGAAAGACUACGUAGGCAGAAUGAACUUCUGGGUUUUAAUUAAGGAUACAGCAUGGUAUAACUAAAAGUAUGAGCUUCGUUUUAAGAGGACCAGCAGAAUCCUAGCUUCAUAAAUUAACUGCAUGAUCUUGAGCAAAUUAUUUAAUGUCUAUUGACCUCAGUUUUUCAUCUAUAAAAUGGAACUGUGUGUCUCCUAAGGUGGUUGUGAGGAUCAAGUGAAGUUUAUAUUUCAAGUGUCCAGCACAAUGCUUGGUAGAUAAAGUACUCAAUAAAGGUUAUCCCUUCUCUAUAAAUAAAAAUCAAUACAACAUUAAAAUCAUUACAUUUUAGAAAAAGCAGAAAAAUAGAUCAGUUUUAAAAUCAGCAAGUAGAAUCUCUGUGUUUGAGCUGGAAACUACUCUUCCACAUUUCUGCCUAAAUAUCACAGAUCUUGUAUAAGUGUGUUGAGCUCAUGAGCACGCAGGAUCACCAAUCUGGAUACUAGGGCAGUGUUGGAGUGCCUGAAGUUGCCUGAAGGAUGCACUUUGCAACCAGGAGUAAUAAAACAUCUACCCCCUCUAGUCUGAAAAAAUAUGAGAAGGAGGGUAUAAGGGUAGAAAAAAAUUGGAAGCAAAGGUCCUAGGGCACCUAAAAGGCUAACAUGGUUUUGAAUGAGGGUGGGGUGGUGUGGAGGUGAUGAAGGAGGUAG